AUGUGUGGAUGCCGAGACGCAGACGCCAAGCUGCAUGAGAUCAUCAAACAAGCGUUCUCAUUAGACGCUACCACAGCAAAACCGCUAUCAUCACCAGAAGAAACUCAAGCUCUAACCAGACUUGAAUCUACUACCGCCUUGAAGAACGGCAGGUACGAGGUCGAGAAGGUCCGGCUUGUAUGGGAUGCAGCCGCCCAAUCCGGCGGCAAGGCCCUGAAUGACUACAUCUGGAGUGGUCCAGAUCUCCUAAACUCCCUGUUUGACCUCUUACUCUCAUUCCGAGUGGGACGAGUGGCGAUCUGUGGCGAUAUCGCCGAGAUGUUCCACCAGAUCCGAGUGGAUGAUUUUAUAUACAGCGGCGACAACUACGUGGAAGUCGGAAACAUCGCAACUCAAGUCAGAGACAUCCAUGCAGCAGGUGGUUUCCACAUACGCAAUUGGUCUUCGAACUCAAAGGAGGUCCUACGAAUACUAAAGAGCGAUUCGCUACUCCCCGAAGCUGUCGAAAUUACCGCAACAGAAAAGGUACUCGGCUUAUAUUGGAUGCCGAACUCCGACGUAUUCACAUUCAUCUGCAAGUUCGCCAGGCUGAAGCGCAACGUUUUAGACAGCGACAAAACACCAACCAAACGCGAGCUCUUGCAAGUACUUAUGUCAAUGUACGACCCACUCGGCUUCAUCUCAUGCUUUACAAUAGAGCUGAAAAUCCUACUGCAAGAAGUCUGGAGAAGCGGCAUUGGCUGGGAUACUGGUUUGCCCGACGCAUUGUUACCCAAAUGGAUACGAUGGAAACGGAUCCUUACAACAAUCGCCGGAUUGACCAUCCCGAGAUGUUAUUUCAACAGCAGCGAUCAAAUCCAUGAUGUCCAGUUACACACGUUCGUUGACGCCAGCGAAUUGGCAUAUGCAGCAGUCUGCUACCUUCGGAUACGCCAGGGGGAAAGAACCUACCUCAGCUUCGUGGCCUCCAAGGCGAAAGUGGCACCGUUGAGUCCACUAUCUAUACCAAGGAUGGAACUGCAGGCCGCAGUUAUCGGAGCAAAGCUGAACUGUUCUCAAAUGGCUUCGUAUGGAUCCACGAAAGUUCAGCAAUUCGUCAUGCACCGCGUGGGCGAAAUACUGGAAUUCACAAACGUUAGCCAAUGGAACUGGGUUCCAACCAACCUUAACCCUGCAGAUCUUGCUACUAAAACAAACAACGCCAAUAAAUAUAAAACUUGGCUACACGGUCCAGACUAUUUGCUGCAGGAUCAACACGAGUGGCCAAAAUGCGAUGAUUUGGGGCCACCAAACAAUGCUGAAGUCAGGCAUAACAUACUCUUCAUCGACAAUUCGCCGAUGGAGCUAAAACUUAACGCGGAAUAUUUUUUCCGACUGGCGCAGGCUAUAUCGAGCUUUAGCGCGCUUUAUUCUCUACAUUGA